UGUCUUCUUCUUCAAUUCAUCGCAUAUUUUUUUGAAUAUUUCACAACUAUUCACCAUCGACCAUCGUAUCAAUUUUAUAUUAUUUGCACAGAAAUGAACAUUUCAUUCAACAGUGCCCUAUCUUGGUUUUUUGCCAUAAUCGUAUUAAUCAAUACACUAAAUUAUGUUUCAAGUCAUUGGCCCGUAUUCCUUAUCCAAUGGGACGAAGACGAUUACUCUUACGCAUUCGAUUCGAUAUUUGACUAUAAACAAGACCGUUACGUUGCCCAAGCUCCUACAGGUAAAAACAUUCUAGAACUUUGCUCGCGAAGUGAUAUUAAACCCGGAAGCAAUGAAAUUGUAAAACUUGAAAAGGAGCAAGCGGUCAUCGAUCCUGAAUUAUGCCCGAAACCUUUCGAAUGGCGUAUUUUUAAAUCGAUCAAUACUCAAAUCAACUUUAUUGGAAUUGCGGUAAGGUCUCAUGAUACAACAUUGUCUGCACAACAUUCGAUUCAUGUGCAAUUGUGCAUAUUUUCAAAGAAUUUUGAUUAAGAAGAAUUUACCUAAUUCAGAUGCGCACACCGGAGAAAAAAUCCGAAAUUCAGUAUUUAGAUGUGGAUGAGGAUUACUCAGUGCUCGGAUUAAUCGGUUUUGUAUUCGAUAAAACUCGUAAUCGAACUGAGCUCGUGUGGUACAAUUUGGCUCCGGGUCGCCUUAUUCAUCCCGAGAUUAUCAAUGGCGACGAUGAAACUGAAGUAAAAUUUGAACCGAACUGGGAUUUUUUUGGCUUUGAUAUUGAUGAGUUAUAUUCUCGAGAAAACUGUCCACUCGUCAAAGUUUCCUUGGCUCCCAAACAAGAUUUCCUUUACCCUAAUUUUAAAAUGGCUUCACGAAAGAAUGUUUUAACUGCUCCUAUGUUCACCGAGUUACACGACCAAUGGCAAGCUUUGGAAGUAUUCACACGAAAAGUGGCCCAAGUACUCAACAAGUUAUUCAUAACAGCGGGAAUUUAUUCAGAUAUACAGGUACUUCAUCCAACUACUAAAGAACCUGUAACACUGUUACUGAACCCGGGGAAUGAAGAGUACCCCUCCCCCAUACCGAGGUAUUUUUUCAGAGCAAUCACUUAUAAAUUUGAAUUCGAAAAUCAACAAUACAAUUACGGAAUCAUGUUCGUAAUGCACAACCACAAAGCAAAAGAAGAAAAAAUUUGCCCCGAAGACGAGGCCGAAAUCGCAGAAACAGGUUGGAUGAAGUUCCUGGCUGCUGACCAGCUCAAGGGUCCGAUGUACGCUUGCUUGUACAAUAAAAAAAAUAUGAAAUUUUUUGAAAGAGAAAUCGAAUUAGAAUUCAAAACUUUGAAUUUGAAUGAUAUGGUGACAUUAGCUGUCAAUCCCGAGACAAAGGUUGAAUAUCUGAGGAAUGUCAACGUUAUCGAGGAGAUGAAAAUGUGGGCAGAAGCGAGGAAAAAAGCCAAGGAGCAGAGCUAUGAGAUCAUAGUGCAUACGUAGAAGAUGAUUUGAAUAAAUCGCCAUGUUUGCUAAUGAGAUCUUUCGAAGCUAAUUUUUUUUUCUGAAUGACAUUCAACUUCAAAAAAAAAUCUUCACUCAAUUUGGUCAAAAUCCAUUGACAAAUGACUGAAGGAAAUGCCACCCAAACGAGCUGAAAAUAAUAAACAAUGUUUUUUUUACUUCUCGAAAUACAAAAUUUUUAGAGCUUUUGCCCUAAAUUUGAUUGGGUCUUUUUGCUUAUGUUUCUUAAAACUGAAAUUUCUGAAAAAAAAUCACUCAAAUUUUUAAAUUUUUAAGCCAAGAAAUCGAAUUUUUUACAUUAAAAAAAAACACCGUUCUCUCAAUCUCAAUUAUCAAAAUGAAAAUUUUCAAAAGAUCAAUCACACAAAAACCCAGAAACUUCUGCAAAAUGAAAUGUAUUAACCGUCGAUCUCAAACAAAAAUUACUAAAUUUCUAAUUGGUCACACUAGAUCAACUCAUAAUUAUAUUUUGAAAAAAAUUAAUCCACCUUUAUGUUAUAAUUGUAAUGAAAUGUUUGAUAACAACCACUUGAUUGCUUGUCCCGUUUUAAACCUUCAAAAUCUAAAAGAUGAUUUGAACCAAUUCCUAAAUAAUAAAUUAACUUUUAAUAAUAUUAGGUAGUAGAUUAAUUAAAAACGAUAAACUACUCCAUCUAAUUUAAAUUUUUAAAAAAUAGUAUGUAUAAGUGCUUUAUAAAAACAAAUUAUUAUUGUGUUGUAAGCACUUUCAAAAUAAAUAUCUA